AUGGUGCGAAACAGCAGUAACCCAGCCCACAAGCAGGGCGUUGAGAGGAACGGUCUCGUUUGGGGCAUCAACCGCGGCCAUGUCACUGAGCGUCGGGUGCUGAAGGCUAAGCCUUCGCACCGCAAGGGGAAGACCUCGCAGCGUGUUGCUACUAUUCGCAGCGUCAUCAGGGAGGUGGCUGGCUUUGCUCCUUACGAGAGGCGGGCAAUGGAAUUGAUUAGGAACUCGAAGGACAAGCGCGCUCGCAAGUUCAUCAAGCGAAGGAUCGGAACCCUCCGCCGCGCAAAGGCAAAGAUGGAGAUGCUCACCAACGUCAUUGCCGAGCAGCGUCGCGCUGGUCACUAAGCGGAUCGCCAAUGAACCUAGAUCGCAGCCCCUUUCUCUUUAACUUUCACACCAAAUGCACAGCACACGGGAAUAGGGCUGCGGGUCGUUGGUCUCCGCUUGGACACCGCUCCAGUUAUGCAGCAUGUCUAAGAGUGUAAUACUAUGAUCUUUCUCAACAGCAGCUUCUGUGUCGCGUCGU